AUGCAGGCCCGCACCCUUUUCGUGGCCGCAUGCCAACUCGCUGUGAGCAUCGCAGCCCCGAUGCCACUCACUGGCUCUCCUUUCCCAGCACAUCAGCUUUCUCCCCGGGAGACGACGCACUUCAACGCCAGUCUGCCAAACAUCACGAUCUUCGCCACCGGUGGUACCAUUGCUGGCUCCGCCGCGUCGAACGCGCAGACAACUGGCUACCAGGCCGGCGCUCUGGGCGUCGACAUCCUCAUCGACGCCGUCCCGGAGCUCUGGAACGUGUCCAAUGUGAAGGGCGUUCAGGUCGCCAAUGUCCCCUCUGGGAGCAUAACACCGGAGAUCCUGCUCAACCUGACUCGGUUGGUGCAGGAGGCUCUCGACGACCCGUACUGCCAGGGGGCCGUGGUCACACACGGCACGGACACGCUCGAGGAGACUGCUUUCUUCCUGGACAUGACCGUCGAGUCUGAGAAGCCCAUCGUGGUGGUCGGGGCCAUGCGUCCCGCGACAGCCAUCAGCGCCGACGGGCCCAUCAACCUCCUCGAGGCCGUUACUCUGGCCGGAAGCGAGGCCGCCAAGAACCGCGGGGCCAUGAUCGUUCUCAACGACCGCAUCGGCUCCGCCUUCUACACGACCAAGACACACUCCAACUCCCUCGACACGUUCAAGGCCGUCGAGCAGGGCUACCUCGGCUUCUUCCUCGACAUCAAGCCCGUCUUCUACUACCCGCCCGCCCUGCCGCUGGGCCGCACCUACUUCAACGUCACCGGGACCACGGAGCUGCCCGAGGUCGACAUCCUCUACGGCCACCAGGCCCUGCAGCCCGCCCUCGCGACCGCCGCCGUCGAGGCCGGCGCCAAGGGCCUCGUGCUGGCUGGCAUGGGUGCUGGUGGGUGGACGGACCCCGGCCAGGCCGUGCUUAAGACGCUGGCGGAGGAGCAUGGCACGCAGAUUGUUGUUUCGAGCCGGACCAAGGGCGGGUUUGUCGAGGCGAGCGACGAGCUGAACACGUACGGUGGCUGGGACUUGAACCCUGAGAAGGCGCGCAUUAUGCUCCAGCUCGCGCUGAAUGCUGAGUAUUCCUCUGAGCAGCUGGCGAGCCUGUUCACUUAUGCUCCAUGA